GUUGAGACCUCUAGAGAGAGGAUAUUUUGGGUGUUAGAGAUGGUUUUGGAUUUAUGUAUCUUCUUGCCCUAAAAUUAGAGUGUAUCUCACUGUGAAGUGUGAAUAAUUAAGUUGAGGAAUCAGACCAACUGCGGGCGUCGCGUCUGCGUGGAUUAAAAUGGGCUCCAUCGAUCCAAUGCGUUCCAUUUUUCACUGACACAGCCGCCUAUAAAGAAGAAGAACACGUCUAAGUUUACUGCCAAUUCUCCCCUGCCUGAAAAUUCAAUCCUACGCUGCCGGAGAAUGCCUAAUCCUUCCUCCACACUCCUUCCAUUCUUGGCUUUCCUCUCCCUCCUGUUCCAAGUCCAUGCCAGAUUAAGCCUCGAUCCUUCAGAUCUCAGAGCCUUCUCUAUCAUCAACAAUGACUUGGGCAUCACCCACCUCUCUCACACCCCAUGCGACGUCGCCGGUGUGUUCUGCGAGAGGCGGCUCUCCGGCAACGGCACUUAUGUUUUGAGGAUCACCAGGCUCGUAUUCAACGCCAAAGGUCUCGCCGGUUCUCUUUCUCCGGCUAUUGGACGCCUCACGGAGUUGAAAGAGCUUACGGUUUCUAACAAUCGCCUCGUUGACCAAGUACCGCCCCAAAUUGUUGACUGCCGGAAACUUGAAAUUCUCGAUCUCCAAAACAACCAGUUUUCUGGAAAAGUUCCAUCUGGAUUGUCCUCGUUGAUUCGCCUUCGAGUCAUCGAUUUCUCGGCGAAUAAGUUCUCGGGGAGUUUGGAUUUCUUGAAGCAGUUUCCCAACUUGGAAACUCUCUCGAUUGCCAACAAUUACUUCACCGGGAAAAUCCCACCUUCGAUUCGUUCCUUCCGCAAUCUUCGAGUCUUCAACUUCUCUGGAAAUCGCUUUCUCGAAGCUGGUUCAGCCCCCAUCGUGAAAGGCGUCGAGUUCUACUCAGCAACCGAAGUUCCCAAACGCUAUAAGUUAGCUGAGAAUUCCAGUACCAGUACGAGAGACAAGCAGCACAGUGCCGCCGCCGCCGCCGCUACAGCACCAACUUCUAGUGCUCAAGCUCCAUCUCCAGCGGCAUCCCUUCCUCAUCGACAUCGGAAGUAUACAGCAAAGAAGAUUAUUGCUUGGAUACUUGGAUUCCUCGCUGGAGCAAUUGCUGGAAGCUUGUCAGGGUUCGUCUUUUCUCUACUGUUUAAACUCGUCAUCGCAGCUAUAAAAGGUGGAAGCAAGGAUAACGGCCCCUCGAUCUUUGCUCCUAAAUUAAUAAAACGAGAGGAUCUGGCUUUUCUAGAGAAAGACGAUGCGUUUGCAUCGCUGGAGCUGAUUGGAAAAGGUGGAUGUGGAGAAGUUUACAAGGCCGAGUUACCAGAAAGAAGCGGGAAAAUGUUUGCGAUAAAGAAGAUUACUCAACCCCCAAAGGAAGCGGCGGAGUUAGCUGACGAGGAUAGCAGGUUAAUGACCAAGAAAAUGCGUCAGAUUAAGUCAGAGAUCAGAACUGUAGGUGAAAUCCGGCAUCGGAAUCUGCUUCCUCUUGUGGCCCAUGUCCCCCGUCCUGACUGCCACUACCUUGUCUACGAAUUGAUGAAGAAUGGCAGUUUGCAAGAUAUGUUGAAUCAGGUUUCGUUAGGAAUGAGAGAACUAGAUUGGCUUACUCGGCAUAAGAUUGCUCUUGGAGUGGCAUCUGGGCUUGAAUACCUUCACAUGAAUCAUACCCCUCGUAUAAUUCACAGGGAUCUCAAGCCUGCAAAUGUUUUGCUCGACGACGACAUGGAAGCUCGAAUUGCUGAUUUUGGGCUGGCAAAAGCAAUGCCAGAUGCCCAAACUCACAUGACAGCUUCAAAUGUUGCAGGUACUGUAGGAUACAUUGCACCAGAGUAUCAUCAGACCUUGAAGUUCACAGAUAAGUGUGACAUAUAUGGUUAUGGGGUUCUCCUAGGUGUUCUGGUGAUCGGGAAACUUCCAUCCGAUGAGUUCUUCCAGGACACAGAUGAGAUGAGUUUAGUUAAGUGGAUGAAGAAUGUUAUGGCUUCGGAUAAUCCUAGGAGAGCCAUUGAUCCGAAGCUCCAGGGAAAUGGCUGGGAGGAGCAAAUGCUCUUGGCACUCAAAAUUGCCUGCUUUUGCACUAUGGAUAAUCCAAAAGAGAGGCCUAACAGUAAGGAUGUCAGAUGCAUGCUGUCACAGAUCAAGCACAAUCUACCUGAAACUCCCUCUGAGAACGUCUAGAAUAAUAAAUGAAUGUAAACGAAUGUUAUCUGCAUUUAAAUUCUACUUCCAAAGAUGUAUGCUGCCAAUCUCAGAUAUCCAUAUAUAGAAAUAUUUGUGUUUCCUUUCCUCUAA